AUUCCUUAAUGCUUAGCUGGCUGAAGGAGGUGAAAAGAAAAUUUUUAAACAAUAAAUAUUUAUAAAUAUUAUUAAAAAAUUAAAACUAUAAAAAAUAUAAUUUAAAAAGCAAUGAUAAUUGAAGGAAAUUGGUUACAAGUGGAAACUGAUGAUCCAACUCCACAAUUUAACUCAGUCAACACCUGUUUGACGUUAUGUGACGUCAAAUGUGAUAAUUACAUACGACUGGUAGUAGCUGAUUUGGUAAUGGAAGAUGAGCCCAAGGCUAAGCUAAAAGUAUAUCGUGGUCUGAAACUGACCAUGGAACAAACGCUACCAGGAUUACCGGCGGCAAUAGAAAGUCUCUAUAUUGAUGAGACAGAACCAAAAACGCCAAUAAUUGCGGUGGCGAUAGCGGAAUCGGUUUUAUUCUAUCGCAAUAUGAAACCGUAUUUUAAAUAUGUUGUACCUGAAUUGGAGGUGGAUGAAGUGGAAAAGGAAGUAUGGAGAAAGUUGCCAGUUGUACGUGCAGAGCAACAUGCCACUUUGUUGGAAUUACUUAAAAACUUGGAUCGUGCAAAAUUGACAAGAAAAUCACAGAAAUUAUUUCUACUCAACGAUGAGGAACGAAAUAAUUUCAUUGAAGAGCAAAAAGAUGGACCUUUAACACGUUAUGCCAGUAUAGUCUCUAUGCGUUGUUUACAGCGUCUUUCUAGCGAUGCCAAUCCACCUUCUUACCUGGUUCUAGCAUUGGAAAAUGGUGAUAUAUUAAUAUUGGAACCACAAAGCUUUAGUGUGCUUUACAAAGGUAAAACUACAACCUUUGAAACCACACCAAGCAUUAUGGAUGUACAAGGUACUUACGAGAUGGAUUUUCGUAUUGUCAUUGCUACGCGUUAUGGUGGGGUUUAUUUACUGCGUAAGGCAACAACAGAAGGACAGGAAAUUAUUAAAAUGUCAGAACCAUUAACUGGUUUGAUGUUACUGCCAAUUGAUCAAACUGUGAUUAUUUCAUCGACCGACAGACGUCUCUGCUGCUACUCAAAAAAGGGUAAACAGCUUUACAAUGCUCCUCUGUCAGCAGUACCCAUUUGCAUGACGUCAGUGCCAUUACCGCAUUUAGGAUUGACUUUAAUUUGUGUGGCCCUUGAAGGUGGUCUUGUGCAAUUUUAUAUGCAGAAAUAUUUAGUCGACGAGUUUCAAGUGCAGAGCACGGUAGUUGCUAUGUUGUAUGGUCGAAUGGGACUAGAAGAUUGUGUCCUCUCCUUAGUUACGAUCGAAGGGGAGUUGAUAGUUAAAAUUCUUAGACGUGUGGCUGUCUUUGAACCAGGUACACUAGUUAGUGAUAAAAAUAAACAGGAUCAAAAAACUACAGACGAGUGUAUAUUGCAAAAACCAAAGAAGAGUUCAAUAUUUGUAGAGCAAGCUGCAAGAGAAAAACAGAAUCCUAAAGCGUCCUAUGGCAGUUUCCAAACAGAACUUUGGCGCUUGCGUCUCACUGCAGCACGUACCACAUUAGAUGCAUUACAAUCCUUAGAAUGUACCAUAUCUAGUGAUAUCACCCAUGCGCCUGUAAAACUAUCAGCGGAAGUAUGUGGAGUAGGUCCAGCUUUUCGCCUUUACCUCACUAUACAUAACCUAUCAACAUACAAAAUGGCUGGUAAUCUAAAGGUGCUCUUACAUGCCGAUCGCAGGCACUAUACUAUGGUCAAAUCACUAGCGAAGCUACCCAGCAUUUUACCAGGCAUACCAAUAAAAAUCGAUUUUGAGGUUGUCGCUGUUUUGGAUCCUAGCACCAAACUACCUCCGUUCUCAUUAACACCUGAUAAUUCACACAUACGUGUUAUGUUGGUAAAGGCGUUACAAGCAAAACCACUUAUCGCUGCGAUUAUAGCCAUGCCGGCUUCAGAGGCGGACUUCUGAGGAAUAUCAUCGUAAAAACCAAAAACAACAAGCAUACUUUGAGUGAAAUAUUGUGUUAUUGGCUGAUUAAAUAAAUCGCCGAAAAAUAUGUUAGAGAAAAUAAAAAUUAGUGUA